CAACGUUUACCACUGACGACAGGCAGAGCAAGGCAGAAGAUUCGGGUAGUUUGGGAAAGCGGCGAUUCGGGCAAAUUAUGGCGUCUUGAAUAUUCGACGACCGAACCUUGAUAAAAUCGCAGUCGGCCAUUCAUGGUCGAAUGGCGUUACCGGUAACCAACAUCUGAAAUCUGGCACCAAAGUUUACCCAACUUGCUCCCGGUGGGGAUUCUACCUCGGUGCAAGAAACUUAUACACAUAUUUCGAGAUAGUCAAGAGGCAGAGGAGUUAGGGGGGUAGGAACGUUUGGAAUGAGUCGGAAUGGAAGACGACCAGCCCGAGGUAGUAAGCCGAAAGGCAAAGGUCUAGCUGGUCUGUGGUCUAGCUAUCUUAGCCGUUAAAGAAGCCCGAGUCGCGUGUGGUUCGCGCAAAGAUUCGACUUAAUAAUCGAACAUCAUAAUUACGAACUAGCGUAGUGGCUAUUGGUGGCUGCUGGCGAAGCACACGCAUUCGUAUUAUCGUAUGGAGUGUGUUCGAAUUUGAAAAUAAUUUUUUUUUUUUUCCCGGUUUUAUUCGAUAACUGUGUGUGGGGUGAUUGAAUAAAAAAAAAAAAAAACAAACAAAACAAAAAAAGGAUCGAAUAAUAAGGAUUAAAAACAGACCAGAGGAAAGGUUAAAAACAAAACAGGUUCGUGUGCCGUGUAUAGUAUACUACAUACAUACCUAUGUAUAAACACAUUCGUAGUGAACAGCCAAGAUCGUCGGUGUGUUUUUUUUUGUUUCUGUUUCUUUAACAUCAGUGCGAUACGUACACAAACGCCUACAGGAUUUGGAUAAAAACGUAGGGAAGGUGCGCAGUAUGAGACCAGCGCGGGGCGCCGCGUCGUACCAAAUAAACAGGCCUACAAUUACGACUUCCCAUCGUCUGCACCAUCAACGCAUCGGUAUCCCCCACAGAGGGUCGACAGAUACAGGGGUGGUCCAGAUAUUCACAGAAGAAUGACUCAGAGAGAGGAUGUUUUAAAAUUUGAGCAGGGCCGCAUAAAGGCCCUGCAAGAAGAACGACUUCACAUACAAAAAAAGACAUUCACAAAAUGGAUAAAUUCAUUUUUAUUAAAGGCUCGUAUGGAGGUCGAAGAUCUGUUCGCGGAUUUGGCAGAUGGAAAGAAACUCUUAAAAUUACUGGAAAUAAUAUCGGGUGAAAGGUUGGCAAAACCAAACAACGGACGUAUGCGGGUUCAUAAAAUUGAAAAUGUCAACAAAUCUUUGGCUUUUUUACACACUAAGGUGCGUCUGGAAAGUAUUGGAGCGGAGGAUAUCGUAGAUGGAAAUCCGAGGCUGAUUCUGGGUCUCAUUUGGACUAUAAUUUUGAGAUUUCAAAUCCAAGAAAUCGAAAUUGACGUUGACGAGGAGAAUGAAAGCAGCGAAAAGAAAUCUGCCAAAGAUGCGUUGUUGUUGUGGUGUCAAAGAAAAACUAAUGGAUAUCCGGGAGUCAAUAUUCAGGAUUUUACCGGAUCCUGGAGAAGCGGUCUUGGCUUCAAUGCUCUCAUUCACGCUCAUAGACCAGAUUUGGUCGACUGGUCCGAAUUACAGCAAAACAAACACAUUGACAAUCUUAACAGUGCCUUUGACGUGGCUAAUGCAGAGUUGGGAAUCCCACGGCUCUUGGAUGCUGAAGAUGUGGAUACUGCAAGACCCGAUGAAAAGUCGAUCAUCACAUACGUCGCCUCGUAUUAUCACACUUUUGCCAGGAUGAAGAAUGAAAUCAAAAGUGGAAAGAGAAUUGCAAAUAUCGUAGGCCAAAUGAUGGAUGCAGACAAAAUGAAAGUCCACUAUGAAAAGUUAACUUCUGAUUUAUUAGAAUGGAUAAAAGCCAAGAUCAAUGUUCUCGAAGAUCGGAACUUCCCAAAUUCCUUAGAGGGUAUACAGGGCGAACUAUUAUCGUUUAAACAGUACAGAACAGUUGAGAAGCCGCCGAAAUAUAAGGAAAGAUCGGAAAUAGAAGCACUGUACUUCCACAUAAACACUCAAUUAAAAUCUCUCAAUCAACCGGCUUUUACACCGCAAGAGGGGCAGCUAGUACACGAUAUAGAACGCAAUUGGGUAGAGUUAGAGCGAGCUGAACACAGGCGGGAGGUUGCACUGAGAACUGAAUUGCUCAGACAAGAAAGACUGGAACAGCUCAACUAUAAAUUUGAGAAAAAAAGUGUUUUGAGAGAAGGAUAUUUGAAGGAAAUGAUACAAGUAUUGUCCGAUCCAAGGUACGGUAGCAAUCUUGCUCAAGUGGAUGCCACAGUGAAAAAGCAUGAAGCCAUUAGUGCUGACAUACUUGCUAGAGAAGAACGCUUCCAUGAUUUGACGAAUAUGUCAGAAGAAUUAGUCAGAGAGAACUAUCAUGGGAUGGAACGAGUGAAGGCAAGGGAGCAGGAGGUCUUACAAAGGUGGAAGGAACUCCUCGCUCUCCUCGAUCAUCAUAAAUUGAAUUUGGCAGCUCUGUGCUCACUCAUGAGUAUGAUGAGAGAGAUCGAUGCAACCUUGGCUACGAUUCAAGAACUGCAGUUGAAUUUCCAGAGCACAGAUGUUGGCCCGCAUUUACUGGGGGUCGAAGACUUACUGCAGAAGCAUAGCCUGCAAGAAUUACAAGUGACAGCUUUGGGAGAAACUCAAAGGAGGCUCGGACGCCAAGCGGCUCAGCACUUGGUCGAACCUACCAGCAAAGAAGCUCCUCUGCUGCAACAGAAACUCGACCAUUUAAAUCAAGCUUAUGACGAGUUGGAGGAAAAUAGUAAAGAGCGUAAAGCUCGGUUGGAAGAUGCAAGGAAUUUUUAUCAUUUCUUACAAGAUCACGAAGAUGAGGAGUCUUGGCUUGUAGAAAAACAGAGAAUUUGUAAAGCUGGGAUAUCCGCCAAAGACCUCCGUGCUGUUAUAUCUCUGCAACAGAAGCACAAAGGUCUCAAAGAUGAAAUGAAAGCGAGAAGACCGAAAUCUGAGCAGCUCUGCGACGCUGGAAGUAAGUUGAUUGCUGAAAAUCAUCCUUUAUCUUUGGAGAUUCAAAAUCGCAUCGAUUCGUUACAAGAACAUUGGAAGGUACUCGAAGAGUUGGCUGCUCUCAGGAAAAAACAAUUGGACGAUGCAGCGGAAGCAUAUCAGUUUUAUACCGACGCUAAUGAAGCUGAUUCUUGGCUUAACGAAAAAAUGGCAUUAGUUGCUUCUCAAGAUUAUGGAGUCGACGAGCCUAGUGCCCAAGCACUUCUUCAGAGGCAUAAAGAUCUCCAAGGCGAACUCAAUGCGUACAAGGGAGAUGUACAGUCAUUGAACACUCAAGCUGAUAAGUUAAUCAAAGCUGGAAUUUCAACUCUCGAGCUAUCCGCAGAUCCGGAACCUGUGGCUGAAUUAGAACAAGAGGAAUGGGGUAAAGAAGUUCGUUUGGUACCGCAAGACGAGUGGGUCGAUGAAAUAGUCGAACGUUUAGAGUCACGAACUGUUUUGGAAGAUCGAUUAGUGCCGCAAGUGAGAAGUUUAUAUCCAUUUAAUGGGCAAGGAAUGCACAUGGUGAAAGGCGAAAUAAUGUUCUUAUUGAAUAAGACGAAUCCAGAUUGGUGGAGUGUGAGGAAAGCUGAUGGUACCGACGGCUUUGUACCAGCAAAUUAUGUCCGUGAAAUCGAACCAAAAGUCAUUCAGGUACAAGUGAAAAGACCUGAAAAAGUCAAGACUACUCAGCGGGUCAAGAAAACUAAAAUGGUGAAGCAGGUGGUUCCUGUUCGCCGAGUUAAAUCUAUAAAGUCGGCUGUAAAACCAAUCAAACGAAAAGCUGUUGAUGAUAGCGAUAGUGUUGAAAAACGACAGAAGAAAAUCAACAAUACCUAUAACGAGCUGCAGGAAUUAGCUGCUAAGCGUCAUGCAUUAUUGGAAGACGCGAUAAGACUAUACGGAUUUUAUCGGGAAUGCGACGAUUUUGAGAAAUGGAUCAAAGAUAAGGAGAAAAUGCUGCGAGCUGAUGAUUCUGGAGAUAAUGUUGAGACUGCAAAAAGGAAGUACGAAAAAUUUUUAACAGAUUUAUCUGCCUCCGGAAAACGCGUGGAAGCGAUAGAUUUCGCAGUUGAGGAUUUUGUUGAUCAAGGACACAGUCAGUUAGACAAAGUAAAAAAGAGACAAAAACAUAUUCACCAACUUUGGGAACAUCUGAAUUGGCUCAAAACUCAGAAAGAAAAAAGUUUGGAAGGUGCUUCGAGUGUCGAAUUAUUCAAUAGAACUUGUGACGAAGCUCAUGAUUGGAUGCUGGAAAAAAUGACACAGCUGGACACUGCUGAGCUUGGACCCGAUCUAAAAACAGUACAAGCCUUGCAGCGAAGACAUCAGCACCUCGAAAGAGAAUUGGCUCCGGUUGAAGAGAAGGUCCGCAGAGUGAAUCUGCUGGCUAAUAGCGUUAAGAAUUCGUAUCCUAAUGAACUCAACAACGUUAAUUCUCGUCAAAACGAAAUUAGAGAUCUCUGGCAUAAAGUUCAAGCAAAAGCGAAAGAACGUAGAUCGCGGUUGGAAGAUGCCGUUGGUCAGCAGAUUUUUAUGAACAGUUCGAAGAAUCUCAUUAAUUGGGUUGCCGAUGUACAAGACGCCAUGAAAGCCGAAGAACCAGUUAGAGAUGUCGCAACUGCUGAAAAACUCCGAAAACAACACCACGAGCUUGGAGAAGAAAUUAAAGCAAGAGAGGACGAAUUUAGAGAAGUCGAGGAACUCGGUAAUCAACUUCUACAACGUAAUCCAGGGCUCACAGAAGUUCGCGAAAGAUUAGACAAGUUGAAUGGCUUACAUCAAGCGGUACUAACUAAUUGGAGUGCCAAGACGGAGUGGUUGCGACAAUGCCUGGAGCUACAACAAUUCAAUCGUGAAGCUGAUCAAAUCGAAGCAACAAGCAGUUCUCACGAAGCCUUUUUGGAAUUCACGGAAUUGGGAGAAACACUUGAUGAUGUUGAGGCUCUGUUGAAACGACAUGAGAAAUUUGAAAAUACACUCCAAGCACAAGAUGACCGACUUAAAGCAUUCAGCGAUACCGCAGAUAAACUCAUUGUACAUAAUCACUACGACAAAGAUUACAUUAACGAUCGGCGAAACCAAGUAUUAGCUCGAAGGGCAGCUGUUAAAGAUGCAGCUCAACAGCGCCGUGCUGCUCUAAAUGCUUCGGAACAUUUUCAGCAAUUUUCUGCCGAAGUCGACGAUCUCCGAUGUUGGCUUGGCGAUAAAAUGAAAACUGCGUCUGAUGAGAGUUACAGAGACUUGAAUAAUUUGGAACGUAAACUACAGAAACAUGAAGCGUUUGAGCGAGAACUCAGAGCCAACGAAGGCCAACUACGAGCGGUAAAUAAAGCUGGCAAGGCUCUGAUUUCUGAGGAAAAUUACAGGUCAAAUGAUGUAGCUGAAACCCUCAAGGAUUUAAAUGAUCAGUGGGAUCAUUUAGUCGCGCUUUCUUUAGACAAGGGACGUAGAUUGAGACAGGCAGCUGCCCAACAUGGCUAUAAUCGUACCAUGGAAGACGCUCGUUUAAAACUCGAAGAAAUUCAAAACUCUUUACAAAGUACCCAAGUUGGGAGCGAUCUCAGAAGCUGCAAAGAUUUGUUAAAAAAACACCAAACCGUAGAAAAUGACAUGAGUCAGUGGGAGCAAAAGGUCGGUGGUCUAGUAGCAAUGGGUGAAGAGAUGGCUCAUGAAGGGCACUUUGACGCUGCCAAUAUUUUAAAGGACAGUCAGGCCACUCAAAAAAAAUUCCAUAGUCUGAAAGAACCUGCUCAAAAGCGUCGAGAAGCCUUAGAAGAGAGUCUUAGAUUCCACAAGUUUGGAUUCGAACUUGAUGCCGAAUUGCAGUGGAUCAAGGAUCAUUUGCCUCAGGCAUCUUCUAUGACAUUGGGGCAAAAUCUAUAUCAAGCUCAAUCGCUUCAUAAAAAGCACAAGAAAUUAGAGGCAGAAAUAGCUGGCCACCAGCCAAUGAUUGAUAAAACUUUAGCAUCUGGGGCCUCGUUAAUAGAGCAAAUUCACCCAGAAAGAAAAAAGAUUCAAGAGCUAUGCGAAGAAUUAGAGGUAGCUUGGAAGGACUUGCAAGGUAAUGCAGAGAUCCGAAGCCGGGCAUUAGACUUGUCAUUGAAAGCUCAAGAAUUUUUCUUCGAGGCUGGAGAAGUCGAGAGCUGGCUUGGAGAAAAGAACGACGUCCUAAGUUCAACCGACUAUGGCAGGGAUAGAGAUGCCGCUACUAAAUUACUUACAAAGCAUAAGGCUGUAGACUUGGAGUUGGAUACGUAUAAUGGGAUCGUAACUGAAAUGGGUCACACUGCAACUGCAAUGGUGAAUGCCAAACAUCCAGACAGUAAAGCUAUAGCUAGUAAGCAGCAAUCAAUUGCUCAGCAAAUACGAGCACUUCAGAGGCUGGCAACAUCCAGACAACAGCGACUCAUGGAAAGCAUGUAUCGCCAUGAAUAUUUCUUAGAAAGUACAGAAUUAGAGCAAUGGAUCAAAGAACAGGAACAGGCAGCUGCGUCAGAAGAUUAUGGACAAGAUUACGAACAUUUAUUGAUACUACAAACCAAAUUUGACGAUUUUAAACACAGAAUCGAAGCUGGCUCGGAAAGGUUCAAUCAGUGCGAAGAGCUUGCAAAAAAAUUAAUUGCCAACGAAAGUCCUUAUAUUCAAGAUAUCGAAAAACGUCAAGAACAACUUGGACCAAGCAAGUACGACCCAGUACAAGAGGUUUUAAGGAGGCACGAAGUCAUACGAGAAUCCUGGCAACACCUCCUCGGUCUGAUGCAACAUCGCGAGCAACGCUUGCAAGCAGCUGGAGAGAUACAUCGUUUUCACCGAGAUGUGGCCGAGGCGUUAUCACGCAUUCAAGAGAAAGACGCCGCUCUACCAGAGGACCUUGGCCGUGACCUAAACUCAGUUCUUGCUUUAAUUAGACGACACGAAGGAUUUGAAAACGAUCUGGUUGCUCUGGAAGCGCAAUUGCAGGUUUUAGUCGACGAUGCAUCGAGACUACAAGGCUUAUAUCCUGGAAAUAAUGCGGCACACAUCGAUCAGCAGCAAAAAUUUGUCGUUGCCAAUUGGGAAGCCCUACAAGAAAGGUCUGCUCAUCGUCGAGACCAACUUCAAGCCAGCUGCGAUCUGCAACGGUUCCUUACACAGGUCCGAGACCUAAUGAGUUGGGCAGCUGGAUUACGUGCCACAAUGUCAACUGAAGAUAAAGUACGAGAUGCAGCUAGUGCACAAACUCUUAAGGCUGAGCACGAAGCUUUGAAAGGAGAGAUUGAAGCAAGGGAAGAUAGCUUCAGUGCAGUUUUAGAUCUUGGAGAAGCUAUGGUGCAAACUGGACAUUACGCUGCAUCCGAAGUCGAGGAAAAAUGCAAUCAGUUAUUAGAAGAACGUCAGAAAUUACAUACCGCUUGGCAACAGAAGAAAGUCCAUUUGGAUCAAUUAAUAGAUUUACAUUUCUUUUUGAGAGAUGCUAAACAAAUUGAUAAUUUGUCUGCAACGCAGGAAGCUGCCUUGAGCGGGGAAAAUUUCGGUAUCUCUGUUGAGGAAGUGGACGGCCAAGUUAAAAAACACAACGAAUUCGAAAAAUUGUUAGUUACGCAGGAAGAGAAGUUGAGUGCUCUGCAAGAACAUGGCGGCAAAUUGUUAUCGCAAAAUCAUUUUGACUCUCCUACAAUUUCUGUUAGACUUGACGAGGUUGUUCAAAAGCGGAGUAGAGUUCGUGACCUUUGCAAUGUAAGGAAGCGAAAAUUGGAAGCCAGUCUUCUUCACGCGCAAUUUGUGAGAGACGUUGGAGAAGCUGAAUCUUGGAUCGGUGAGAAGCAAAAAAAACUUGAAGCAGAAGCAUCAAAGGGCGACGUUUCUAGUCUUGAAGAAAAGAUUAAAAAAUUGCAGAAGCAUCAAGCUUUUCAAGCUGAAUUGGCAGCUAAUCAAAGUAGAAUUGAAGAAAUCAAGGGGAAGGGGGAAACUUUGGUCAAUCAAAAACAUCCGGCUACUCCAGAAAUUCGUGAACAGCUGGAUCAUUUACUUGCAUCUUGGAGAAAGUUGCUCCUGGAAUCUGAAAAUCGUGGGCGUGGCCUUGAAGAAGCACAGGAUAUUCUGGAGUUUAAUAAUCAAGUUGAAAAAAUUGAGGCGUGGAUUAGAGAUAAGGAAAUGAUGGUUCAGGCUGGUGACACCGGUAAAGAUUACGAACAUUGUUUGAGUCUCCAAAGAAAAUUGGACGACGUUGACAGCGAUAUGAGAGUGGAUGACUCUAGAAUAAAGUCUAUUAAUGCGCUGGCUGAUAAACUUAUCAAGCAAGGGCGGGACAACGAAUCAAAGGCCGUUCAACAACGUCGUGACAAUUUCAAUAACAAAUGGAAGGGUUUACAAGGUGCUCUAAGUGGGUACAGAGAAACACUGGCUGGAGCAUUGGAAAUUCAUCUAUUUAACCGAGAUGUAGAUGAUACUAGUCAACGAGUUGCUGAGAAAGCAAUUGCAAUGAACACCACUGACGUGGGUAAGGAUCUUACUGCUGUUGAGCAACUGCAACGAAAGCAAGAGGCUUUGGAACGAGACAUGACUGCAAUAAACGAAAAAUUGAAGGGUCAUGAGGCGGAAGCAAAACAACUAUCUCACAGGUAUCCAGAUAAUGCAGUGGCAAUAAAUGCUACUUUGCAUGAUCUGCGAACAAAUUGGGACGCACUGCAAACCUUGGCGCAAAAACGGCGUGAGGCUCUAAAAGAGGCCUAUACACUUCACAAGUUCCAAGCUGAUUUACACGAGUUGGAAGUCUGGGUAGCGGAUACUAUAAAACGCAUGAACGAUUCUGAUGCGCCAACCACUAUUUCAGAGGCAGAAGCAUUGCUAGAAUUACAUCAAGAGAGAAAAGCUGAAAUCGAUGGAAGGCAAGAAACAUUUAAAUCUCUCAGAGAACAUGGUCAUCAAAUCCUUGCUGUUACCGACGACGUUAAACCGAACUUAGAGUACUUAGAGGACUUAAGACAAGGACUAGCUAGCGCUUGGGAUGACCGUAGAAUGAGGCUCACUCAGGCACAUCAGCUACAACUGUUCAAAGAACAAGCCAAUCAAGCCGAUAGUUGGUUGGCUACAAAGGAAGCCUUUUUGAAUAAUGAUGAUUUGGGAGAAUCUUUAUCUGGUGUAGAAUCGUUAGUUCGUAAACAUGAGGAGUUUCAAAAAAUGUUGACAUCUCAACUAGUGCGAAUAGACGAGCUGGAACGAUUCGCCGGAGAGAUUUUGGAAAAGGAACAUUCUGACAGUGCGGUUAUCAAACACAGAUUAAAUGCAGUCUGUGCACGACGCGACAGGUUGAAAAACAGUGCGGCAGCGAGGAGAAAAAAAUUAUUUGAGGGUUACCAGCUGCAACAAUUUUUGAGAAAUAUGUACGAAGUCGAAGGAUGGCUACAUCAGAAACAACAAAUUGCCAGUGACGAGAAUUACAGGGAUUCCAGCAAUCUCCAAAGCAAGAUUCAAAAACACACAGCAUUUGAGAGCGAAUUAGCUGCUAACCGAGGAAGAGUCAGAGCUGUUGUUGGAGAAGGUGAGGCACUCAUAGAAGAAGAUCACUAUGCUUCGAAGGAGAUUCAAGAGCGUUUAGAAGAGUUGGAAGCAGAUUGGAGAUUGUUGCAAGCGGCCAGUGAGCUGAAAAAGAAUCGUUUGAAUGACGCCUACCAAGCACUGUUAUUCGGACGUACAUUAGACGAAUUCGAGACUUGGAUAGACGAUAUCGAGACACAACUUCAAUCGGAAGAUCAUGGAAAAGAUCUUUCAAGUGUUGCUAAUUUAUUGAAGCGACAUACCAACUUGGAGAAUGAUGUUUUAGGUCACAAUGAAGCCUGUGAAUCGAUCAAAGAUACGGCAGCUAGCUUCCAAAAAUCUGGUCAUUUCAUGUCUGAAGAAAUUCAAGAAAGAGCAUUAGCCGCCAUUAAUAGAUACCAUAGUCUUCAAGAACCAAUUCAAAUACGCAGAGACAACUUGGAAGAUGCUCGGCUAUUGCAUCAAUUUUCGAGAGAUGUAGAAGACGAAUUACAUUGGUUAGGUGAAAAGGAACCUUUGGCUUCCAGCACGGACUUGGGUAAUUCGUUAUCAACUGUUCAGAGAUUGCAGAAGAAACAUCAAGCACUAGAGGCUGAGUUAAUUUCGCGGGAUCCAGUUGUUUCUUCACUGGUUAGUCGUGGUGCCGUAAUGGUCAGAAGCGGUCAUUUUGCCUCUGAAAAGAUAGAGAAAUUAUCUCAGGAAUUACAAGAAAAAUUAGCUCAUUUGAAAGACCUGGCUAGCGUGAGAAAACUGAGAUUACUCGAUGCUGUUGAAUCACAAAUGUUUUAUGCCGAAGCAGCAGAAGCUGAGCAAUGGAUAAAAGAAAAACAGCCGCAACUCGCGUCACCAGAUUAUGGGAAAGACGAAGACUCCGUCCAAACUUUAUUAAAGAAACUGGAGGGAAUAGACAGAGACUUAAUGAGCUUCAAGAAUACAAUUGGUAACUUGAAAAAGCUAUCCCAAGGACUCAUAGACAGACAUCAUUUUGAUAGCAAAAAUAUCGCUCAAAAGCAAGCAGAGAUUGAAAAUAAAUUUGAAGAAUUACAGAAAUUAAGUGAAUUUCGAGCUCAGAGAUUGUUGGAGAGUGAAAAACUUUAUAAGUUCAUUAGGGAAGCAGAUGAAGUUAUCGAAUGGAUCAGCGAUCAAACUACGGUAGCUGCAUCAGAGGAUUAUGGGCGUGAUGUGGAACACGUGGAAUUACUUAUACAAAUAUUUGAUAACUUUUUGGCUGGUUUGGCAACCAGCGAGUGUCGCGUCUUAUCGGUAAUGGAUCAAGGUCGUCGUUUGCUGGAUGAAAAUAAUCCAGAGGCUGGUAAAAUUCAUGCAAAAAUGGAUGAAACUAAACAACAAUGGGAUGACCUUAGGGAACUCGCACACGCCAGGCAAGAAGCUCUGGCAGGUGCCAAACAAGUUCAUAUGUUUGACAGAACCGCGGAUGAGACGAUUUCCUGGAUACAAGAAAAAGAGGCCAGCUUAAGCUCUGAUGGAUAUGGGCAUGAUCUGGAAACCAUUCAAGCCUUAGUUAGAAAGCAUCAAGGAUUUGAGACGGAUUUGGCUGCAGUAAAAGAACAGGUUGAAUCCGUCAUGGGGGAAGCUUCAAGAUUAGCAGAACUAUUCCCAGAUGCUCGUGAGCAUAUCGCAGUCAAGCAUGAGGAGGCGGAAGAAUCUUGGAAUGACCUUUUGGAGAAAGCUGCCCAGCGUCGAGGUAAACUUGCUCAAGCUGAACAGCUGCAGGCCUACUUUGACGAAUAUAGAGAUUUGAUAGCUUGGAUAAAUGAAAUGGUAGCCAAAGUGACAGCUCCAGAGCUCGCCAGAGAUGUACCUGGUGCAGAAGCACUGAUUUCAAGGCACAAUGAGUAUAAAGCAGAAAUCGACACCCGACACGAUGCAUUUACAAAGUUUUAUAAAACUGGUAAAGGCCUUAUUCAGCAAGGACAUUUCCUAGCUAAUGAAGUUGAAGAUAAAAUAUCUGUACUUGAGCAGAGAAAACAAUUGCUGAGUGACACCUGGCAACAGAGAAGACAUAUUUAUGAACAAAACUUGGAUACACAAAUGUUCAAGCGUGAAGCAGAAAUGCUAGAGAAUUGGAUUCUGAGUAGGCAACCUAUGCUGCAAGAUGGGAAGCUUGGCGAGAGUAUUCCCCAAGUUGAAGAUUUGAUCAGAAAACAUGAAGAUUUUGAAAAAACUAUCGAAGCUCAAGAAGACAAGUUUAAUGCACUUAGGAGAAUCACAAUGCUUGAACGGGCUUUCCAAAAACAACAGGAAGCUGAAUUGGCUGAACGACAUGCGGAAAAAGAAAGACUGGAAAAGGCUCGUCUCGAAGAAAGGAAAAGAAAAGAAGUGCAAAGGAUUACCGAAGAACGUAAGCGGGAAGAAGAAAGAAGACGUUUGUUGGACAGUCCCCACCGUGUUCCUCACGAAGAAGUCAACGGCAAUUCUGAACAGCAUGAAUCUAUUAAUAGGUUACCACCCCUCAAAAGUACAACGAUGGCAGAACCCCCAGAAAAUACGUCUGUGCAAAAAUCCCACAGCAUAUCGCAUAUGUUUGGUGACAGACUGAGACGAAGUAAUACCGAUAUCAAACGUGCAGAGAGUAUGAAAGUAGACACGAAAAAACCAAAAAGAACUCCAAGUUUCACUACUAGGCGACGAACACAAAGUUUUAGAAAACAUCAACGGAUGGAAAACUUGGACACUUUGCCACCAGUUGAAAUACAAGGUUUACUUGAAAGGAAACACGAGUUACAAAGCGCUGGGAAAAAAGCAGCUGUACGUUCUUGGAAGCAAUAUUAUACAGUACUUUGCGGCCAACUACUAUGCUUCUUCAAAGAUAUCGAAGAUUUUUCUGCCAGCAAGGCAGCUACCGCCCCGAUAACAAUAUUCAAUGCUACGUGUGAACGAGCCGAAGAUUAUACAAAGAAAAAAAAUGUCUUCAGGCUAAAAUGUUCCGAUGGUUCGGAAUUCUUAUUUUUAGCGCCUAGUGCACAGGAUUUGGAAGAAUGGGUGAACAAAAUUGCGUUUCAUGCCAAACUACCACCAAGCUUACAGUUGCUGAGCUACGAUGAGUCUCAAAAAGACGGCUUAGAUCGACUGCAACAAUCAACUCCAGAGAAUGCUGACGACAAUGCAUCGACUGGCAGUAGUAGAGCAUCUACCCCUGAACUAGAGCGUAAAAAUUCAGUAAUUAAACGUGAUUUGUCACAUCAGCAUUCACCCGCGAACGUUCAAACGGAAUUCCUUCAGAUGCAUAGACAAAAUCAACAUCAUGAUCCCCCAGGAACAGAAUUCCUAGUUAUGCAGAGAGCUUUAGAACCUCCUAAGACUCAAACAGAAUUCUUACAAUUGCACAGGCAACAGCUACUUGUUCAACAACAUCAACUCAUUCAACAAGAUCAAGCCGCGAGUCAAAGAGAACAAUAUAUUCCACAUUCCAUCGACAAACCUCCCAUCCCACCAAGAGGUGCUCCACCUCCGGUACCGAUGCGAAACCCGAGCACAGACAAUUCUGUACAAAUGCGACGCAACGAUGUCGAUCCAUAUGUGCAACAAGGUAGGCCGCAAUCUUACCAAUCUCGAACUACAAACUCCAAUCACAACGGAUCAAGUCAGCAUCCUUCUAACGAUGGGUGGAGAAGGCAAAGUAACAUCGAUGCUGAUGUCCAACAACAUCAAGAAGUAGCACCUCCCCUGCCAUCAUCAGCCCCUCCACCUACAAGAAUGGCCCAGCGGAACAACCAAAAUGAUCCUGCGUAUGGAAAUGUACCAAUGAACGUGAGACAGGGUAGUCAACACUCCGUAAAUUCAUUUACCGGCAGACCAGCAUCGCUCCCGCCUUACGUAGCCCCUCCACCAGCUGCAGCUCAAGGUGCUCAGGGUGUUUCUGUCGUGGAUGGUAGGAGGCCAUCCGAAAGUGGAUCGGAAAGUGAACAAAGUUCGGGAAGUCGUAAGGAAAGGGAUACCAAACGUAGCUCUGUAUUGAGUAAUUUAUUCGGCAGAAGAAAGAAGCCGUCGCAGUCGUAGCGUUUUAAAAAGAAUCAUGAAAAACGAGUUUUUCGAAAAUUUAUUCAGAAAUCAUCAUGAUGAAGAUAUUGAGUAUGGAUAGCAUUUCGUCAGUCUCUUAUCAAUUUAUGGUGAACAAUCCGUGGUUACACACUAUAGAACAUCGGUUCUUUUUUGCCUGCUUACUACUGAGCUAAUUUAAUUUACAUAUUUUCAGUUAUAGUUUUAUACAUAUGAGUGUUAUAAAAGAAAUACGACAGGCUAGAAAUGAGCAAUGAAUCAGCGAAGAGCCAGGGAAUUCUGAAUUUUUUCUAAAUCAUGGUAAUUCUUGAAGAACCCGCUCGUUAAACAUGAAUUUGUCUAUAAUUAUUUAAAUAUGUUAUUAACUUCAAACAAAACAUGCUUUAUUAACGUUAAGUUACUAAGAAUAACUUCAUCUGACUUGAUGUUGAGUUCAUUGCGACGUUGAGGAUAAUCAAUCCGCCAUUUUUUUUUUUUUUUUUUUUGUUUUUUUUUUGUAUUUAAAACGUACCUGACCUAACGUCGAGCAGAAAAUAUGAUGUAUCAACUGAAUUUACAGAACAUGAAAAUAAAGACGAUGAAAUCUUACGAUAACGAUGAUUGAUUAUUCUGUUCUUUUUUAUACAUAUAGGUAUACAAUGUAAUAAAUGUCUUAAUAUAUCUGUUGAAUAUAUAUUUGAAAGCAUUAAUAUGUAUUUUGGGACCAAUGUUUAUAUGCUGUAUUUAAUAACAUAGAUAUAUCACUUCUUUUCGGAAAGAUUUAGCGUUAUAAAAUUUACAUUACAUGAAUAUCACAAUAUUUUAAGAGAAAGAAGGCAUCCCGGUCAAAUGUAAACCUGUAAAGUAUACGUUAAUAACUAUACUACAAAUUAUUAUACAUAAUUUUACGUCCAGGCAGAACUAGAAUAUAGUAUGUAGUAACAAGAUCAAAAUGUAUUAGAACUCAAUAAAAAUAUUUAGAUGUAUGGAAAA